GUGCCAUACUACGAGUGGUUGGACCUGAAGUCGGGUUGGCAGCGAGUGGCUUAUCUGAAGGACAAGAUGGGCAAAACCAUCUCGGAGGAGUUGGCUAAAUGACAGGACUGGGAACGCAGGGUGGGUGGGGGGUGGCGGAGCUGGGGCUCGGAGCUGGACGCCGAUGGGGCUAUUCCCUCCCGGGGAGCCCCUGAGCAGGAGUGGGGGGGGGAUUGCACUGUACAGGAUGUGGUUUUAAAUUAAACAAUCGCUUAAAUU